AUGAGCUAUCGCCCCCUGGUCGAGGUGUGGGGCAGGGGGCGCUUGGUAGGGACCCUCUCGGGGGGGCAGGGAAGCCUGGGCUCUGAGACGGGGCGGGACCGCCAUGGGGCAGCCGGGCUCCCCCAAGCCCAGCGCCCUCCCCCAGCCGAGCCACCCCUCCACCAUCGCCCCACUCCUCCAUCCCCGCUGGGGAGACGAGGAGGGACAUUCCCCGCUUCGGGCUGCAGCCCCAACUACCUCCCUGCCUUCCCUCCCAGUUAUGGCGAGGGAGACUUCUCUGCCGCCACCUCCACCUCCGCCUCCUCCUCGGGUCUCCCCGGGCCUCCUUUCGGGGCUCGGCUGAUGGACCUCACAUACUCACGCUGCCCAGAGGGUCUCCUCCUCCGAUCUCCUCCUCCCGGCAGCUCGGGGGCAUCUCCCAUCGCCCCGGAGGGGAGACGCGGGGGCCCGCCGAGGCUGGAGGUCGACGGGACCGCGGCAACUUUUGAAUGGAUGAAAGUUCGGAGGAAUCCGCCCCGCAGAACAGGUGAGUGCCUCCGACGGGCCGCGCCAGGAUCUAAUUGGACGAGGCGCUGGCGGGCUCGCGCGCAGGCUGCACCAGCGGUGAAAUCUCACAGCACUCCAACAAAGACGAUAGUAUCUGCCUCUCCCAGAACAAACUUUACCACCAAGCAGUUGACGGAGCUGGAGAAGGAAUUCCACUUCAACAAAUAUCUGAGCCGGGCCCAGCGGGUCGAGAUCGCCUCUGCUUUGCACCUCAACGAGGCCCAGGUGAAGAUCUGGUUCCAGAACCGCAGGAUGAAGCAAAAGAAAAGAGAGAAGGAAAGACCCUUCUGGGGAGCAGCAGUUAGUUGUAAUGGACAAGCUUCUUCUUCUUCUGACAGAUCAGAGCUCAUCUCCACAACAUCUCCCAGAAAGAACAACGAAGGUACUACCCCAUCGCUUUGA